CAGAGAAGCUGGAUACUAUCAGACAUAGAGCAGUGUCGGCACCGCUGCGCCUGCUUUACGUGGUUAUCGCGCACGAUUUCGCGCACGAUGUCGACGUACUCGAAGGACUUCGCGUAAGGGUAGAACGCGGAAGAAGAUAAUUUCCGCUUGCGAGUGCGUGUCCCGGUGAAUAAAACAGUGACGAUCCUUUGCUAAGAGUAGUAGUCAAAUUAAAAAAUUUCAUAUAUAUAGAGAGAAGUGCCAACGGAAGAAGAAAGCGAAUAUUCUCCGUAAUCACCGAAAGGAUUCUGGACGAAAAUCCUUCUCGUUUUUUUUUUUUUUUUUGAAAAAGAACAAUUCGUGCGAAACAAACAAAGAAAGAAAAUUCUAAACACAGAGUUUUUUGUCGGACAAAUCUUUAAAGACAAGAAACGUCUUAUAUUUGGAUGUGUAAUGAGUUUGAAGUACAUCUUAUCAAUGUAAUUUACUCGCUUGCUUGAUCUUGUCCUAAUAGGAAGAAAUGAUGAACGUGAGAAGGCGAUAAGAAGGAAAGCACAAAUUUGUGCUGGUGUUUUUCAGACGGACAGAUGCAACGAAUACGAGAGAAGACGAGAUGGCCGAGGCGGCACCGAGAACGACGUUAUCGUCCUUCCUCGAAUCAACGAACCAUCCUCGUGAUCCUUCGACUAGAUCGUGAACUCCCGCGACUUUUUCCUAUUCAAAUAUUUCGAAAGAAAGAUAUCAUCGUAAGGAUGUAGGCAGGCUCGAGUUCAGGCCCUGUCGUGGCCGAGUUUCCUUACGCGAUUCUUUCUAUAUAUAUAUGUAUAUGUAUGUAUAUAUAUAUAUACAUAUAUAUAUAUAUAUAUAUAUUUUACUAUAAUGUAAGUAUAUACACGUUCCGAACAUACGAAAAAAGGAUCAUAAGGUCGGAAAGUGGAAAGAUCGUCGAGCGUGUCAAAGCCGCUCCCACAAAAAUCUCUCGAGAAUAUAGGCACGAUCCUUCUACUCGAUCGUCCUACUUUUUUCUCUCCCUCUCCCUCUUCUCAAAGCAUCCGUGCAUCUCGGUGCAUCCCAGUGCAUCUCAGUAUCCCAGUGCCCGUUAGAUUGUCGAAGGAGAAUAAAAAGAAGAGUGGUUAGCGUUCGUAAAAGAAGUGGCCGGUCUCGACGUUUAAUAAGCGGGAAAAAAGGGAGGAAAGCAAAGAGGGAGGUCUCCCGAUCAACGAGAUAUGAAAAUGCGUGCGAAAAUAAUAAAAGGCACUACACGUGACAACGUCAUUCUUCUCGAUGACGGUAUGAUAACCCGAAGCCGAUGACACGAUCGUCGGAGUGCCGUGAUAAGUGUUAGUGGCUUAACGUAUAUGUCGUACAGCGUAUACGUAGGAUGUUGUUCCUGGAAGUUGUCCAAUAGUCCACGAGGAGAAAGAUAGCAACAGCGAAAAUGGUGGAUCUAGAGGGGUACAUCAUUAUGUUGGCGAAUAAGAACGGGGAGAUGAAGUUAUAUGGUUCUCGUGCGGAUAACGCGGACAGUUUGGAAUUCGACGAUGAAAUUCUCCAAGUGAACGGCCGUACUCUGCAAAAUGCAACCUACGCGGAAGUCAUUCAGUACAUACACCAGUGCAUCAAAUCACGCACGAUAUCUCUUCGAUUACGCAGAAGGAAGGAGAGCCGGAUCGAAGAGCUGGAUGGACCAAAUGCUGUACGGAUACGAGACGGUUGGGUUAUCGCUGUCGAAAGAGGCGUAAGAGAAAGGUUGAAAGAGCUCGCUGCCCUUAGAAGCAUCCAGUUACGGGAUAUCGAAGCCAUAUUAGAUCAUCAGAUAAACGAGACUGGCGCAUCCACGAGCGAGGAGAGCACGAGAAAAGAUGUAACAAGUAAUCAGGUCACCGUGACCCUCGCGGAUGAGGAUGUACGUAAUACGAACACCUUCUUCACAAAACUUAGUAACGGUACGAUUCCUAAAGGAUUGACCAAGGACGGUCAGGAUACGCGAGAAGGAAAAACUUUGCAGGAACGAAAGGACAUCUUGGAAAAACAACAAACCUCAUCAGAUGAAACGAAUCUUUUGCAACCAGUGCAGAGCAGCAAGGUAGGGGAACGUCGUGCUAGCAGUCCCUUCCAAAAUGGCCGGACAGAGGUCCUGAUUGGAGAACCGGAGGGCGGCCCGAGGUCGCCGCGAGGAUCGACGUCUUCAGCGGUGAACGACGGCAAUUUUCUUAAUCCACCGGACGAACGCGAAGCAAUUUACAGCGAAUUCCUCGGAAGAUCGACGCAGACGGCCGACCGGACGAAAGUUCGCCGUGUGCUCAAGAGACGCAAUGCGAUUAGGUCCCGUCGACGUAGCGGCAGUGGCGCAUCGGAUAUACAGCAACAGCAACAACAGCAGCAACAACAACAACAGCAGCAGACGCAGCUGCAAGAGAACAACAACGGGAGUUCACGGGAUACAGGAAAGAAAUUGCAGGAGGGAUUGGGUCCCGAUGAGAUGUGGGCUCCUGGUGCCCUAGGCCAUCACCGGGAGCUACCAGUCGAUGUGCCCGACACCUUAUUACAGAAGGCCUAUCCCAAUAAGGUAAAGAAUUGCUCGCCCGACUAUCGGAAUGAGCUUCGUCGUCCCCGUAGCGCUAGCGACUUAGACCUCUCCCUAAACGUUAAGAACGAUAUUUUAAAAAAACGCACGACGGACGAUCGCGUGAGGCUUGGUCUAACAGCCGAUCGGCCUGACGUCACCGAUGGCCCACGCUCGAUCCUCCUCAACGGUGGCGGCAAGCCGUCGAUACUCGAGAUCGAGCUAAAGAUCGGCUCGAAGGAGGAGGAGAAAGAGGAGGAGAAAGAAAAGGAUAAAGAGGAACUGAAAGAGUUUCAGAAGGAGAAAUUGAAGAUGGAGAAGACAAACGGUAGUAUAUUGAAAGCUAUCGAGAUGAAAGAUCCAAAGAGUCCCUUCAGGGGCGAUCAUGCCGAUGACGAAGACGAGGAGGAGGGCUCCAGCGAGGAGGCAAAUGGUCAGAAGGAAUCGAGCGUGGACAUCGAAGAUGAGUAUCCUUUCGCUAAGGAAGACUAUCCAACAAUGUUGAAAACCUGUAGUGACGACUCGGCAAGUCCACGCAGUUCCUCGAGCCGAUCGGAUAGUACAGCACCAUUAGAUACUAGUCUGGUGCUAAGGCAUAGCACCGACGAGAAGAAAAAGAAAAGUAAGAAGGUUAAAGCUCGUGACAAAGAUUCACCGAGCUAUGACGCUAGGCGAAUCGAUCUUGGCUCACCUUGCCGACCUGUCGUUACUGAGCUACCGAUCAAGGUGACGCCUCUAUUCGCUCGUGCACGCGAUACGACCUCGUUUGACAAUCCGGCGUAUGGCUUACCGGAUUUCCAAGACAUUCAGGGUCUCCUGAUUAGAUCGGACGAGGUGUCGGAUCUCACAAGACUCAUCGAUGAGCAAUGUCCAAUACCAAGAAUGCCAGCUAGUCUUCAAGAUCGGACACAAUCGGAACCUCAGAGUCCUCAGAUCGAAUCCUCAAUGGUGAUCCUUGGUAAUACAACAUCGAGAAAGAGUUCGAAACACCAACAAAAGGAGAAGUUCGCGAUAAAAACGAAAAGUCAGGAUCAGAUCGAAGAACGAGUAAGUGCGAGCUCGACCGACGAUCUUCUUGGAAUCGAAUCUACCAAUUGUCUCGAGUCCUCCUCCGCUCGACAAAGAUCCAAGAAAAAACGUCAUCAACAGAUAUCAAGCGGUUACUCGACAUUAAGAAGCGAGGUCUCGAGCGAUCUCGAAUUCACCGAUCGCAGCUUCCUUGUUGUCAGUGGGAAAGGUUAUCGCGAGGUUGCCGUUGAUUGUCCACCUGACUUCGUACCGGUCACCAAGUGCCAUCCGAUUUAUCCUCCGCCAAACAAAACGCCCGGCAACAGCAAGCACAACACUCUCGAACUGAAACGUGAUCGUAAUGGAGAGAACGUUGUCGUCAGAGAGACGACAACGACGACAACGACGACAAGUACGAUGACAACAUUGAACACGAUGACCAUGGCGAACAACAUAGUGACCCUAGAUUCCCCUAGACUUCGCUCGAACGAUAUAAAUCUCUCAAUGCCGAACAAAGCACCGAUCGUGUCGUCACCUCCCACGCUAGCCACCGAUGCUAGCGCUAGGGAAAACGUAGUCGCGCGUACGAUAGACCGAAAGCACGAGUCCAAGAAGGCUGGUCUUAAUGGAGUCAAACCUGCCAUCCCGCCCAGAGAUCAAAAAAGGGCACCCGCUAGACCACCGAAGGAUAGUCUCAGACUUUCGAGCCAGAACAACAACGUCGAGAGCAACGAUUAUGCUAAUACUACGGAACCUACGCAGCAACAGCUUCAUUCCAUUAGGAAAUAUCAGGAACAAUUACGGAAACGUAAGGACGAGGAGGAGAGACAAGAAAUCUUGAAUCGAUCGCUUCGUGGCUCAACGAAGCUUCAAGCUUUAGAAAGUCAUGCCACGAAUCUUACCGGCCAAGAGAAUCUCGCAUAUGCUCAAGACGAGUUGACCACCACUGUUAGUCGUCCUGUUCAUGUCGCACCUCAAGCGCCCUUAACAUACGGAGAGGUCGUUGCCACGUUGGAGAGAUUGCAGCUUCAGUUACGAAAUAUCUCCGGUGCUCUCGGCAUUUCGGGUCCAAGUGUGGAAGCCGAACUUGAGGCAGUUCGGACGCUUUUGCUACAAAGCCAAUUUGCAACUGCCAUAGCUACGCAUUACGCCUUGAAAACGCGAUUAAGGUCGAACAAGGUUCUUAGACAUCAUGCCGAAGAUUCAUCGACAUUAGCUCGGGACUGCGUAGACGUAUUAGAAAAAUGGCAAUCAUCAUCAACGGCAACGGAUGUUGGUGCGGCGGAAACGAUGGCUGCCGUGGAGGAGCUGACGGGUAUUCUUACGAGUUACGACAUGGAGGCGUUACUUAUAGCACAUGAUUCUAUAGUUUCGUAUGUGGAAGGCUUCCAAAGAAAGCACAGUCCUGCGUCUUCGUCACCAAGUCGCCCACCAAGUCCUACAUCGAGUUGGAGAGAGUCACGUGUAGAUAAUAUCAAAAUAAUUAGGAUCGAAAAAACUAACGAACCUUUGGGUGCUACUGUUCGAAACGAUGGUGAUGCAGUUAUUAUCGGUCGUGUUGUUCGAGGUGGUGCAGCAGACAAGUCCGGACUCCUGCAUGAAGGAGAUGAAGUUCUAGAAGUUAAUGGAGUUGAAAUGCGUGGAAAAAGUGUUAACGAUGUUUGUGACAUUUUAGCUGGCAUGCAGGGUAGUCUUACGUUCUUGGUAUUACCAGCACCAACGAAUUACCGAAAUAAUUUGAAUAAUAGGAAAGAGGACACUAAUCAAAUACAGCAUAUACGUGCACACUUUGAUUAUGACCCUGAAGAGGAUCCAUAUAUACCAUGUAGAGAACUCGGAGUUAGUUUCCAAAAAGGUGAUGUUUUGCAUGUGAUUUCUCAAGAGGAUCCAAACUGGUGGCAAGCUUAUAGAGAAGGUGAAGAGGAUCAAACUUUAGCUGGUCUUAUACCCAGUAAAGCCUUUCAGCAUCAACGAGAAUCCAUGAAGCAGACGAUAGCUGGUGGAAAGUCGACGGUACGGGGUUCGAAGAAAUCUAGUACACUAUUGUGUGCGAGAAAAAAUCCAAAGAAAAAAAAACGAAACAAACUUGGUACCAAUUUCAACGACGACGGUUAUCCUCUUUAUGCGACGACAACGAUAGACGAUUACGACAGCGAGGAAGUGCUAACGUACGAAGAAGUAGCUUUAUAUUAUCCAAGAGCGAAUCAUAAGAGGCCUAUCGUUCUUAUUGGUCCUCCUAACAUCGGUAGACAUGAGCUGAGACAGAGAUUAAUGCAAGACAGCGAACGUUUUGCAGCUGCUAUUCCUCAUACGAGUCGUCCAAGGAAGGACUCAGAAGUUGAUGGUCAGGAUUAUCACUUUAUCUCUCGCUCACAAUUUGAAUCUGAUAUUCUCUGUCGGAAAUUCGUUGAACACGGCGAGUAUGAAAAAGCAUAUUACGGUACUUCUGUUGAGGCUAUAAGAUCGGUUGUGAAUUCUGGGAAAAUCUGCGUCUUGAAUUUACAUCCUCAAAGCUUGAAGAUCCUACGGAGUUCGGACUUAAAACCAUACGUGGUCUUUGUAGCACCUCCUAGUCUCGAGAAGUUACGACAAAAACGUAUUAAAAGCAACGAGAGUUUUAAGGAAGAAGAAUUGAAGGACAUAAUAGAGAAGGCUCGGGAGAUGGAAGACAAAUACGGUCAUCUAUUCGACAUGAUCAUCAUUAAUAACGAUACGGAUCGUGCUUAUAAUCAACUUCUUACAGAAAUUAAUUCAUUAGAAAGGGAACCACAAUGGGUACCUGCGUCUUGGAUUCAGUAAUGGUAUACUGAAUGGAUGACGAAUGUGUCUUAGAUAUCAAUGCCAUCGCGAGUUUAAUGGCACGUUACUAAAUACCGAUUAAGAAACAGAUUAUAAUAUAAAUGAAUUGAUUCUUUCGUAAGUACUUACUCGUUACUGGUUUUGCGUGGUAAACUUGUACCUUGUUGAACGAUUGCAAGUACUACGAUUGAGAUGCCAAUUGACGAUCAUUUUAAAAUUCAAAUCUUGUAGUUCCUGAUGGCCGAGGUUCGCACGUCGUUUGUAAGCGAAUCCUCAUGAUGUCAAAAUGACAUUGAUCGAUCUGAAUCGGUUUGACUCGGACGAUAAGAUUUUUGAAGGAACAAUGCGAUAUCAAUUUCUCAUGUUAGAAUUAUAAAUGCAGAAAAUCUUGUUGAUCCUGGGAUAACCAUUAUGUAGAAUUAAUUCGUUUAAAAUGAAAAAAAAAAAAAAAUCAAGUUGACGCGUGAAACGCAUUCGCAAAAAAUUUUAUAUUUCGAUCAUCUAUCUGGACCUUCGUAUCGCAAUACAAUAUAUAUUUAUCCAAUCACUUUUCAAUUUACUAUAACUAAAUCGUCGUGUUUAUUAUAUUUUUUAAAUCACAUUCUCAUUUCUUUCUUUCCUGUUAAUUUAUCGCGAUAUCAUUAACAUUUAACUGUUACGUGUUGUCCCAUUCAAAAAUCAAAUCUAUAUCAAAAUUCUUAUUUUACAUUACGACGAAAGAAUUGUAUCUCCCGACUUAUAAAUAUAAUAGAAAUGUCGACUGAUGAUCGUACUAGCGAAUAAGUCGUUUUAAUGCGACAGUUUGAACAUAAAAUUUUUAAUAGAAUUUUAGAUAAACUCAUCAAUUGUCUAGUAGUACGUUUAUUGAGAAAGAGAACUAUUACUUUAAAAAGUUCUUAGAGAAAUAUUGAAUGUAUAAACAGAAAAAAAAAAUAGGACGUAGAAUGGAAAAGUGAAGGAAAAUGAAAAAGUUAAGGAUGCGUUUAAGUAAAAAUAUAAGAAAAUAGUAAUUCUCCGUAUUUAAAAUGCAAACAAAAUACAGCUCGGUGUUCGACUUAAAAUGGUGCUUUAAAGUUGAUAUGGUUCCUUGCAAUUAGGUCAUCGAUAUAUUUUCUUGUGCUUCUUAAAUAUUUUAAAUACACGUACCCUGUUAAAAGUGAAUGAUGAUAAAACGAUGAUAUAGCUUAGACGGGGAAGUUACUCAUUUUACCGUCCUGCGUAAACAAUAUAUAAACUCAAUGAAUAUUCGAAUAGAUACGAGCGAUUAGUUACGAUCGACACUGUUACAUUAAUAACGACUAAUUCUUAAGUAUGAUCAUAGAGUUUAUAGAGAGAAGAUCGUUAGAGAGACUUCCGUUAUGUCUUCGAUGAUUUACUUUUGUAAAAAUUCGUAUCGUCAAAUCGAUAUUAUUAGACAAAAAGUAUUUUAUAAAGGUAGUAUCUUUUUUAUAAAUAUAAUUUUAAAGAGUUUCAUUAAAGCAUAUCACACGCAAGAAGUUCAUACGAAUCAUAAUACUCGUAAAAUCCGUGACUCCUUUAUUCUUGGCAUAGCUAUUGACUUUUAUCGCACGUCUCUAAUAACAAUAGUUAUUAAAAGAUAAAUUCUCUCUGUGCACGAAUAAAUCGUUACGAACGUCAUAGGAGUUGCUAAAAUUAACGUCGAAAAAAAUCUUUUUAAUACUCUUUUUCUAAAAAUACGCAAGAAUAUUACGUCGUGCCAACGUCUUUGCACUUUUAUCAUAGUUUCGAUCGUCGUACUACUCCGAAAAACCCUUUCAAAAAAUCCCAACUUACGAUAUGGUCGAUGUAAAGUCGAGCAGUGAAUUAAAAAAAAAAGAAAGGCGCUCAUAGUGUUAUCGAUGUGCUCCCCCCUCCCCCCAAAUUCCGUCUUGCGUGUAUUCACGUACUGGUUAUUAAAAAUUAGGAUUACGAAUACUGCUCCGAAAGUGCGUUUACAAGCUGAUUUUUGUCAACUAAAGGAACUAAAUGAUCUUUUCAUUUAAUUCCUAAACAAAUUCCAGGUAUAUCUUCCAUUAUUCUACUUUUCAUAGUUACGAUAUAGAAACAAUUACUCUGAAUCUAUCUUGUAAACUCGCUUUUCGAAUUGGUCUCGUAAUAGUGAUAUUAAGGAGCGAAGAAAGUUCAUUAAAAAGAAGAAAACUUAAGAAUAAGAAAUAAAGAGAGAGAAAAACAGAAAAAAAGAAAAGAUAAGUCAGAUUACUCUCGUCGGUCUAAAAAAAAAAAAAAAGAAAAAAAAAUAUGGGCGAAAUUUCGCAUGGAUCAAGUAGAGCAGAUUAAACGUUCAUUAGAUCGAUGAUGUUAAGAUUAGCUGUCGAGAACAGAAUAGAUAUUUAAGAUAAAAAAAAAAA